AUGUCCUCAACCAAUACCGAAGAACGUAUCCGCAAGCUCUGGCAAGACAAGCAGCGCCAAGAGCACGCGAAGAUGCGUCUCUGCGACGACCUUCAGCGCGAGGCCGUGACCUACAACAACAAGGCCCUCCACUAUCGGCAAGAGCGAGAUUUCUUCCAAUCAGUUCGAAAUGGCAUCCGUAGGCAGGAGGCUCAAGUCUCGCUUGAACAAUGGUCAGCGCAUGCGGUCGGCAAACACUACGACCUAGAAAAGCAGAUCAAAAAGCUCGUCGUCAUCACCGCGGCCCGCAAGAAGCUUCAAGAACAGCUCGGUAUGCCUCCUACUGAGGAUGGAUAUGUCGACUGCGGUAAGCAUGCUGGAAUCGGCGUUCGACACUACAUGGACGAGAACAUGGGCGGGUCUUCGCUCUUCGCGGACGAGGAGUGGCGGUCGUAG